CUGUGAUGGUUCUGUGACUGUGACACUAUCACUGAAACGAAAUAAACUCGAAAUAGAUUAAAGAAUUUUAUAAAAAUGUCUUCUCAGCGAGCAAUACAAGUCGGACAAAAACUUGUAAAGCCAGUGCUCUCGACUACUCCUGGGGAAGCCAGGAGACGAGUCCUGAAUCUGUACAAAGCAUGGUACCGUCAAGUCCCCUAUAUCGUCAAGGACUAUGACAUCCCAAAGUCAGAAGAACAGUGCCGACAGAAAUUGAGGGAACUGUUUCUCGCUAAUAAAGAUGUAACUGACAUCAGAGUUAUUGAUUUGCUGGUCAUCAAGGGACAAAUGGAGCUGAAAGAAACUGUAGAAAUCUGGAAACAAAAAGGUCACAUCAUGGCAUAUUUCAAACCCACUGAGGAGCCCAAACCCAAGGACUUCCUUUCCAAGUUCUUUGCUAGCAAUGAAUAGUUUAAGAGAAAAUGUGUAAAUAGCCAAUCUAAUGAUAAAGUUUAAAUAAAUCCUAGCUGCAAAUUAUAA